AUGGCCUCCCGGAUUGAUCCCACUGUCAUCCAACGCUCCGAGAACCCUUCCUCUCCAGUCAACCCCCUGAUAUCAGCUCUUUUCUCUGUUCCACCACUUCCUGCACCUAUUUCAGGAUGUGGGGCUUGCAACAAACAGAGUGAUAGUCUGAUACGUUGUACUGGAUGCAAAGUGAUGCACUACUGCUGCCGCGGACACAUGGCUGCUCACUGGCUAGCACACAGGGCCGAGUGCAACCGCCUCGAUAAGCAUGAGUUCAUCGGGCCCAUCGUUGAAGGAUGCAGUGCAGCAUUUUUGGCCAACUUCAAUAAUCUGCUAGGGCCAGCACCUUUUGCUUGGGGACCAGAGGUAGACCUGGUUCAGACGGAAGAUACUAUGAGUUAUCUCGCAGACCUCGCUCAGAUCAAUACAGUGGCGUCAGUCAAGAUCCAGCUCGAUCGAGUCAUGGGCCUGCUUCGCAUGGGUCUAACUGAAGAUGCUGGGAUGUGGGAUAUACCACCAGCUCUGCUCCUCCGACUUGGCCGCUGGCAAGAGUGCUACGACUUGCUCAAGUGGUACGCGGCCCCCACCACGGACUCUCCAUACCUGUGGAAGGAUGAGGAGUACGUGGUCUGCCGCACAAAAGAUGCCGACUUCUUCGAACCGGUCGACGUCUUCCUCUACGAUCCUCAUUCUUACGCCCCUGAAGUGCACCACACGUUGGCCCACCAUGUCUUCCUCGCCCUCCUCAAGAUCUCCUUGCUCUUGGAACUCCAGAAGAUGGAUUCCACAGCAGUUGUGCUUCGCAAGCGGCUGCCACAAGAGCUUGUGGAUCUUGUGUUGGGAUACGUGGGUGAUAACCCGGCCAUCUCAACGGAUCCUCGUGCCAUGCAAUACGAUGCUCGCAUAACAUUAGUGAAUGAGUUGAGCGUUCAGAUCUUCACAGUCUACAGACAUGUAGACCAUCUGAACGUCCACUUCUGGGGGGCGCUGCUGAGCCCAGACAUUCACUUACGAGCACGGCCGUCUUCCUGCAGGCCGGGGUCCGUGGAGGAGGCGCGGGUUGUCCUGCUUAGGACCCAUCGCGAGUGGGUUCUCACGCCUGGCGCGAUGGAUUACAUCGACGGCCUUCGAGGGCGUGAGAAGUGA